UGGCAGGAGCUGGAGCAACAGCGGGCGCUCAUUCCACUCCCGGGAUUUGAACCUGGGACCUUUCGGUCUGCAAGUUCAGCACACACUUCGCCAUCGGGGCUCCUAACCAAACUACAAACCCCAGAAUCCUGCAGGAGGCAGAAACCGGAUUUAAAGUGGAUCAAUGCUCAAGUGCGAUGAGGCCCUUUUAGAGUCUAGAUCCAGCAGAGGAUGCCUUCCCUUCUCGGAAGAGGUUUUCCAAGGAAGAGGGUUCUCUCUCCCAACAAAUACGGAUGGAAGGAGGCUCUUCCUCUUCUUCUUCCUCCUCCUCCUCAUGCUGCCCCUUCCUCGGCGCUCCCUCCUCCUCCUCCUCCGCCGUGGCUGCUCGGCGGCUGCCCCUAAAUGACCCUGCGCUCGGAGGAGACCUCGGAUGGCGGCGGCGAGGAGGAGGCUCCCGGCGAGGCGGAGCGCCUGGACUCGGCUAUGCGGGAGCUGCGGCGAGCGGGUUGGUAUUGGGGCAACAUGAGUGUUGCAGAAGCCAAAGAUAGACUGCAGGACACCUCCGAAGGGACUUUCCUGGUCAGGGACAGUUCUCACUCCGAAUACCUGCUGACCAUUUCGGUAAAAACGUCAGCAGGGCCCACAAACCUGCGCAUUGAGUUUCAGGACGGCAAAUUCCGACUGGAUUCUAUCAUCUGCGUCCGAUCGAGGCUUCGACAGUUUGACAGCGUGGUCCAUUUGAUUGAGUAUUACGUCCUGAUGUGCAAGGACAGGAGUACGGUUUCUGAAAUGCCUUCCAACGGAUUGGUUCACCUUUACCUGAAUAAACCCCUCUAUCACACGGCUCCAUCUUUACAACACCACUGUAGAGUCACUAUAAACAGGUGCACGAAUGAAAUCCAGGAGCUUCCUCUCCCAACGAGACUGAAGGAAUUCUUGAAGGAAUAUCGAUAUCGGGUAUAAAAUAUGCCAUCUACUCUGCCUCAUUUUUUAAAUCCUGAAUACAACUGCAUGAAAAACAAAAUCUUCAGCACUCGGCUACGUGAGAUAACCUGUAGGUCACCGAAGGAUAAAAUGAAUCAGAUAAAUGGGUUUAAUGUUCUACUAUCAAAACCAGGACAGACGAGAUAGGUUUCUUCCUCAGUAGCCCAUACCUAAACUUCACUUUGAGAAAAUUGCCUUUGAGGGGACAGCAGAUGCAGGCAAGUAAAAAAUGGGCUGGUAAACAUAAAUUCAUCACUCAGUUUUCUUUCGUAUUUGUUUUACAUGUGCUCAGGGCGGACCCACAUCUAAAUUCUGAGUUUACCAUACAGAGUUUUAUUUACACAGAACCAAAAUAAUGUCUUGCUGUAUUAUGCAAAACUAAAGUUAAAAUGGAAUGUGUGAAUUGUGCCUGCUUUUACCUUAAUCUAAUUUAUUAAUUUAGACCAGGCAUGGCCAAAAUUUGCCCAUGCCUGAUUUAUACCCUGCCCUUCAGCCAUAAAAAGCUGUUAGAAUGUGUUACAAAUUGUUAAUUUGACAGCUCUAUCUCUUAGUUUACAAUCUAAAAAGAGCAACACAAGGAAAAGGGGAUGGCAGUGUGGGAGAGGAGGAAAUCUAGCCAAAGCAGAGGGAAGGUCUUUCAUCAAUGAGCACAUGACAAAAGUUUUAGGUGUUACCUAAAUUAUGUUGAUGAGCUUUGUAUGACUGAAUUGACAGUAGCUGCUACAAUAGCAACUGGUAUACAUUUUCUUGGAAAGGAUUCACAGUGAUUUUGUAGUUUGAAUGCUGUGUGCUCACAUCAGAAAGGGUUAAGGUGGCAGUAGACGUCGGGAUCCCAUGCAGUGAACGGCUAAUGGUGUAUUUAUGGCUUUUUAAACUUUUCAUAAAACCCCUUAGGGAAUAGGGAUGGUUGGCAAUACAAUUCCAGUUCAUAUAAAAUACUAGCUUAGAAGAGGUUAGUGGAAACUACUUCUAUAGAGAUGGAUUAACUCUCUAAAAUCUAAUUUAAGGUUAACCGAAAUGCUCCCUGUGAUGUAUUCUUGUAAUCUUUAAUUUACAUGUUAUAAAUGGCUCAUUUUUACUUAUGACCCAAUGCUAUGGUUCAUAGAAAACAAACAGCACUUUUAAAAAUUCGUAAGGAAAUAAUGUCAAAUAUAUAUAUUUUAAGCUGAUCUAGUGCUCUGCUCCACUUGUGAACAAUGUAUUAAUUCUGCAGACCAAACCUAUUCACUUUUACUCAAAAGUAGUUGUGCUUAAGGUUGUAGGCAAGUCCCAUUUGGACAGUCUGGGCAUAGACUUGUCAGUCAAUAUAUCCUGGAUCAAAUUGUGAGACUACUAACUACACUGAAUUAAAUCUAAUGAAUUAUGCUUAUGUGGUAUUGAACUACAGCGAUCUUUCUUUGCAAAGAUGCUGUAGCAUGUAUAGUAAUUUAGUUAAAAGAAAACUUAUAUAACUUUGAAGUCGGGUUGAAUAGGCAAACAUUUUACUCUUUUAUGAGGACCCAGUGCAUGCAUUAGGAUAGCAUAGCUAGAUUUUAAUUGGUGUGAAAAGCCACUCUUUUGUUAUAGAUCCAUUUAUUGCCUAUAAUAGGCCUCCUUUGAAUGAGGCUUUAUAAAUGCCUAGACUGCAACGUUGCAGUUGUGGUUUCCAUGGCUAAACAUGGAAAGCAGCAAUUAUGACUACCUUCUACAGUGUAGAAUUUUUUUAUUCUUAUUUCCUUGAAAUGCAAAUGAGUUUGCCUGUUCUAAAUAUUGUUUGAGGCUGUAACUGUCUGAUUUCAGAUUGUAUUCAAUAAAGUAAAUUGCAGAGGCUCUA